ACGGGCUCAGCGUCCGUCCUGCUCCAGCAUCUCUGCCUGCCCAGAAGCAACCCCGUCUCGAGAUCCAUCUGCACCCAGCACCUCUGUCCAGCCGCCAUGUUUGUGGGAAAGCCUACUUCGCUGCUGCUCGUCGCGGCCCUGGUCGCCAACGCUAUCGCCACCCCUCUCGUUCCCCGCGACAACUCGGUCGGUGCACCAAACUAUGUGAUCGAUAACGACGACUAUGCACCCCAGUCGUUUGGCAACAACUUUGGCGACAGCUACAGCAACUUUGGAGACGAUACCAACAAUGGUAACAACAACAACAACAACAACAACGGUAGCGAUGGCAACGACAACUCCAUCAUCACUGACCUGAACAACGGCCAGCUGGGCGAACCCGGAAAUGUCAACCUGCCCGACAACUUUAGCGCCAACGACGGCAACAACGGCAACAACGGCAACAGCUCGCCCGUGGCCAACUUUGUCCUGGAUCCCAACGACAGCCCUGCUCCUCCCAGCAAUAGCAACAGCCAGCAGGGCAGCUCCAAGGCCGCCGACUUUUUGUUCGCUUCGCCGAGCCAGCAGCCCAGCAACUUCCAAAUCGAUGAGGACGACGAUGCCCCGAUCAAGCCCCUCGACCACAGCUCCUUUGUCACUUCGAACGGCCUUGGCAAGGUCCUGGCUGCCAACGAUGGCUAUGGCCCUGACCCUUCCAGCAAUGGAACCGUCGCUGCCAGCACUUCGUCCGAUAGCGGCUCUUACAUGAACAUGGGUGACCCACGGGUCACCAUCGCUGCUUCCGUCAUUGGUGGCGUCGUUAUUGUCGGCUUCCUUGGCUUCAUCGGCGUGGCCAUUCGCGAUCUCUACCGUAAGCGAGGUGCCCGGGUUAUUCCAACCAAGGAGCAGAUUCCUCCCCCGCCUGCUCUCACCCAGGUUGAGGUCGAGGCUCUUCCCAUCAAGAGUGACCCCAUCUACACGGAUGUGUAUUCCACCGGCAAGCACUAGAUUGCGCGUGUGAGCCUGUCUUCUUACUACUCGCCUCUGUCCCGGCUCUGCUCUUGCAAUGCCUGUUUGCCGCCCAACUGUCCCGGACUUUCCCUCGACUUGGCCUGCUGUCCUGGCUUAUUUUGCCCGCCCUCCCGUGCUUCUCUCGGCCGGUCCGUGCCGAAGCGAUGCAGCUUCAGGCCAGCCUUGCGUCUGAGACAAGCAGUCUCAUUUUAAUCUGUACAUCUCUCCCCCCCCCCUGACCGUCGGUUGCAUCAUUUCACAACGUCCUUUUUAUAAUCGCACAUUCGUGUGCUGUUGCGCAUGCGCUGAAAUACAGCCCAUUCGAAGUGUACAGUUCGAAAGGAUGCACCUCGGGACACUUGGCGUUGGCUUUGCUCUUGCAGUGUUAUGAAAGCGAGGUUUCGAAACGAGAGGGGGGGGGGCAAGACGACGGCUCGGGUAUCGAGCCUCGGAUAUAACGGG